AUGGAUCAGAAUCGAGGGUUUCGGGAAGUAGCGCCCCCCGAUGAAGCUGAGCAGCAUGCGCAGCGAAGUCAGCUAACCAUGAACAAAACCGGCAAGCGAAGCUACCAAAGAGCUUGUAAAGUUGCCCUGGCGAAGGGAGCAGCACUUUACAAAGGCCGUCUUCUGACAGCUCAGGCUCUAGGAGCUCAUGAAGGACAAUUCGCGUCUCCUGCGAAAGCGGCGAGGCGUUCUUUUCAACCGAACAGACAGACCCAUCACAAAUUUGACAUGGAAGUCCUUACUUGGAACGCAGGCUCAAUUACAAGUCGAGUUUGGAACGAGAUUCUGGCCCUUUUGGCAACAACAGAGUACAAGAACAUCAAAAUCGUUUUCCUGCAGGAAUCGCAUUGGCAGCAGGACCAGGUCUACAGCUCAGGCCCGUGGUCAGUCCUAACCUGUGGCUCAACAAGCAGACACAAGGCUGGCCUGGUUGUCUUGGUGCAUAGCUCACUGGCUCCACUUUCAGAAAUUCGCAGCACUUCCAUUGUUCCAGGGCAUUUGCAGCACGUCAUGAUCCCGUGGCAGAGAUCCAGAAUACAUCUCCUGAACCUGUACCAGCACGUCUGGGAUUCAAAGCUCUCGAAGACGGAAAACAGAGGCAGGAGAAAGGACGUGAUGACACAGCUCGAAAAUCGAAUACAGAGAGUCCCACAACGUGACUUCUUGAUUGUGGCUGGGGAUUUCAAUGCGCAUGCGGUGACUGAACGUCCUCAUAUCGGACCAAGUGUGCCUCAUCGAGUACGGUUUGCGAAUGCAGAUGUGAAGACACUGCCCUCGCUCUGCAAAUCCUGUGGACUAACUGCGCUGAACACAUGGGCUUCUGGCCAUCGCAGUACGUAUGCUAACAGUGAUGGCACAUAUUCCUCUCAGAUCGAUUUUUUGCUGGUCAGACUGCACGAUGCUCGGAGGAGAUCCAAGGAGGCCUACUCGGAUAAGCACUUACAGAGAUGGAUCAAAACACUUUCCAGUGCGAGCCACUCUGUUCAUUCCUCCUUACAGUCCUACACCCAGCAAGCCACGGCCGUUUGUCCAAUUCAUCAGGAAUAUUGGAAGAAAGUGCGGCAAAUCCAGGCGCACAAGAGGGCUGGAACCGAGCAUAAUUCAGAAUGCCAGAAGCUUGUGGAGGACAUCAAGGAGGAGGAAACUUGCUCCGUGGCGCCCAGUGCAGAGAGUCAACCUAAGGGAUCAAGCAGGCCCAUAGGAGUCAUCAGCGUGCCAGGCAAAGUGCUAGCAGGCGCAGUGAAGACUCGCAUUGCACCAGCACUGCAGGUGAGCUCACAGCUUCAGCCUCAAUUUGCGUAUAUCCGGCAGAGGGGGGUGCGGGACGCUAUCGCGAAAGCAUGUCAGCACCUUGAUUUCGCGCAGCAGCUCCGUCAAGAGCAUCGCAGGGACCUGCACAAGUCCCAACGCGGAGCCAGGCAGGCUCAGCUGUCAGGGGCACUCACUAUUUCGGUUGAUCUGAGCAAAGCUUUUGAUUCUGUUAAUAGACAUGAGCUGCUAGCUGCCUUGGAUCGCCUGGGAACAGACCCUGUUACGAAAGAACUGGUAGUUCAACUACACAGUGAGACCUCCUACAACAUGGGCACAAGUGGACUAGAGAUUCAAGUUCCCACUUCUUCAGGAAUCAAACAAGGUUGCAAGCUAGCCCCGGCAUUGUGGUCUGCGCUGACACUUCUAGUCAUGAGCAGAAUGGAGCAGAAAUGGGGCCCAGAUAGCAAGCAAGCUAGGGACAUCCUAACGGUCUUUGCAGACGAUUUCCUGCUCCAGGAAACCUUCUCGAGCUUUCCUGAACUUCAGAAAGUCCUGCUCAGAAUAGAGGCUCUCUUUCAGUCUCUUGAGGACGUGGGGCUGGAAGUCAAUCCAACGAAGUCCAAAGCCUUGCUAAUGGUUCAGGGCACUCAGCAGUCCAUCUUUCGCAAGAAGCACACGAUGCGCAAAGAGAAGCAGUUGCACAUCGUCCUUCCCUCAGGACAUAAGAUUCCGAUUCAUCACAAACUAACAUAUCUAGGGGUGCAGCUCAGCUAUGGAUCCUACAAAGACCAGACUGUUGACUAUAGGAUCGCCCAAGCUCAAGGCAAGUUUGAGCUACUUCGACACAUCCUGUGCUCCACUAAGGCCUUGGAGGCUUCAAAGAAGUUGGAGAUCUGGAGGGUCUAUGUGGAAUCCUCACUCUUGCAUGGGCUUGUGGCCACUGGCAUCACCUCAUCAGGUCUUCAGAAGCUUCAGAGUAAAUACUCGAGGAUGCUAAGAUCCAUCUUUAAGCAACAUCAGCACUACAGCCAUAUUGACACGAAGACUCUGUUCGAGCAAUACAAGGUUCAGACUCCUCAAGCAGUUUUGAUCAGCCAGAUGAAAACUAUCAAGACGCACUAG